CAGAACAAUGAGGACUCACUCCUCUUUCGCUCAGCAGCGUCGUACAUGAAUAUGUCCGCCUCCGCCAGUGCAAGAGGGACUAUGACGGUCGACCAACAUAUUGUUCACAAUGACGAAGAUCUACUUUCUGCCAGUGAUCCAGUUAUAAAAGCCAGUGAUGGAACGAAGAUGUUGACCGUCUUUCUGCGAGAUGAUUUAGAGAAGCUUGGCGCUUCGUUUCCACCUCUUCGACAGCACAAC